GUAGCCUAUCUAUAUGCAUAUUACCUGUCAUGAUUUGAAUACUACACUGUGAUUCUCACUGAAUCUUUGAGCUGAUUGAACUCUAUGUUUUUCGAGUAGUCGCCCUGCCAAAACCUUUAAAAAGAAAACGUGAAGUAUUACGAGACAGAUCCAUCGGUAGGAAAGCUAGCACGGCGCGACUCGACACGCAGUGACCGGAGCGGAUCCGGUCCCUCCCUCCGUCCCUCUCCCCGGUGCCGCUCGCCCGCUCUGCCUGUAAUCAGUGCCGAGGGUCUGUUAGCGCUAGUCCUGAGCGGCGGAGCAAUGCUACAGCAGCACCAGGCAGGGUCCGGGAGCGGGCCGGCGGUCCGGGGGCUCAAUUUAGCGAGACACGCGGGCCUGCACCCCGUCAGCCCGGCUCUGCAUCAAUCACAACACCGCCCCGGGGGCCUGCACCACGACGCCCCGGAGAACGGCGUCGAGACGCGGAAAGACAUCGGCGAUAUUCUGCAGCAGAUCAUGACGAUCACGGACCAGAGCUUGGACGAAGCGCAGGCAAAAAAGCAUGCGUUAAACUGUCACAGGAUGAAACCGGCGCUGUUCAGCGUUUUGUGUGAAAUCAAAGAAAAGACCGGUCUGUCCAUGCGCAGCACUCACGAUGAGGAGCCUAGUGACCCGCAGCUUGUGCGAUUGGACAACAUGCUGCUGGCCGAGGGCGUGUCCGGCCCUGAGAAAGGGGGUGGGGCUGCAGCAGCCGUCUCCGCGGCGACCUCGGGGGGUGGUGUCUCGCCCGACAAUUCCAUCGAGCAUUCUGAUUACCGGAGCAAACUAGGACAGAUCAGGAAUAUAUACCACUCUGAGCUGGAGAAAUACGAGCAGGCGUGUAACGAGUUCACGACCCACGUGAUGAACCUCCUGCGGGAGCAGAGCCGCACGCGCCCCGUCUCGCCCAAGGAGAUCGAGCGCAUGGUGGGCAUCAUCCACCGCAAGUUCAGCUCCAUCCAGAUGCAGCUCAAGCAGAGCACCUGCGAGGCCGUCAUGAUCCUGCGAUCGCGGUUCCUUGAUGCCAGAAGGAAGCGUCGGAAUUUUAGCAAGCAGGCGACGGACCCCAGCGAAGAGGCCAAGGAGGAGCUAGCCAGGGAGUGCAGCAUCACCAUGUCCCAGGUGUCGAACUGGUUCGGUAACAAGCGGAUUCGUUACAAGAAGAAUAUCGGCAAGUUCCAGGAGGAGGCGAAUCUGUAUGCAGUGAAGACGGCCGUGGGAGCGACACAUGGGGGGGAGUCGCCAGAGACGCCCACCUCCACAGGGUCUGGCUCGUUCUCUCUCCCUGGCUCAGCUGACAUGUUCAUGGGGAUGUCGGGGCUCAAUGGAGACUCGUUCCACGGAGCGGGGCAGGGGGAGUCUCUUGGUCAGGGGAUGGCUCGGGGCCGCUACACAGACAGGCUAGGAGCCAAUCACAUGUACAUCUCCCCGGAGAACAGGGCUAACGGAGGCUGGCAGGAAGCAGCCACACCCACCUCUGUGACCUCACCCAGAAGUGACCACUCGGAAAACUCCAACUGACCAUUUUGUCCUGCCAUUGGCUGCAGUGGAUUCCAGCGGCGCGGGGUCCUGGUUUUUAUAUAUAUAAGAGAAUCGUUUGGUUUGGGGGGGAAUCUUUACAAAUUUUCAGUUUGCAUUUUUGUUUCUUUUUCUCAUUCUGUUUUGAGCUUAGACCGAGAGAGUGAGGGAGAAGGAAUGUGUGUUUGAACUCUAGUUAAGCAUGUGUUAGUGUGUGAGAGAGGGGGAAGGGAGAGGAACUGUUCUUAGCCUGUCCUGUGCUUUGUUGCUUGGGAAGGUCAUGUGACUCGGAGGAGAUGAGGCAACUGUGUCACACAGCGGACGCAAGCGGACAAACUACCUGCACGGCGACACACAGCCACAAAACAAAUAGGAGGUGAAACGCAUCGCAGCUGUGGGGAGCAGGUCCCACUCCCCCAGGCCCUGCCCGAAACGCCCGUCUGUGGGAAUAAUAGGGGGGGUGAUUGAUCAGCUUCAACCCUGGUACACCCCAGCUGGGUUUUAUUAUUUUAAGCCCCUUCUCCCUCUCCCUGGGGAGGGGGGGGGGGUCACCCUGUAUGUUAAGCCUGUUGCAGCAAUCCAGCGAUUUCCCCUCUAGGGCUGGAAAGUGCUCUAAUAAAAAAAAAAAAAAAAGCCCAGCUGUAGUACAGAGUCACUACAGCCUGUAGAGAAUCGCUACAGCUUGUACAGAAUCACUACAUAAAUUCAGAGAGAGAGACAGACAGACAACAUCGGACACACUGCUAAAUUCUAAAUACAGUCUGAAUAGAACUUCACCAAAACAGGCAGCUCAAUCUGCUCUUAAUAACAAGCUGUGUGCUUGUAUUGUUAUUAUAUUAUACCUCAAAAGGAGCUCAUUCAAAAUCAACAGAAUUUUGAAAGGGUCACCCCCAUUUAAAAAUAAUAAUUGGAAUGUUUUUUUUAAUUCUUAUUGUCUAUCCUAUUAAAGUGAGCUGAACCACCUUGGCUUCCAAAGGGAACUACAAACACGUCGUCCACAGGCUGGGGCUUCUGUUGGUGCCACCGUCAUGAUUGUAGUUUUUCAUCACAGGUCGCUGUCUUGCUGAAACGCACCAUAUUGUGAUGUAGCUUGCCAGGAUUGUAGGGUGAAUGUUGCUUGAAACUAUCACUCCCAAAAAUUACUUUUUUUAAAACGUUAAAAAUUAUUGAAAUCAUAGAAUAGAUGGAUACAGUACCUUCGGUUUAUUAGGCUAUUCAUAAAAGUUGCGAGACAUGGAGAGUGUGUCUCUUGUCAUGAUCCUGCGGUCUGUGUGCGACUUCCAGUUUAAAUUUUUUUCAUUGAUUGUAUAUUGUGUGUGCGUGUUUUGAAGUGUGUGCGACCACACGACCAGAUCUCUUUUAAUAAAACUGUUUGACAGCAAAUAUACUAAGAAUUUCCUGUACGCUACAACCUACCUCUCGAGUAUUUUAAAUAAAACUUUCACACACUUUUCAAACGA